AUGUCAAUAGCUCGUGCCUGCUACGUUUCGAUUAUGCCGCUGUUUCAAACAAUUUUGAGCUUCAUUCGCAGUUUAUGUGGCGGAAAUCGAGCAAACAAACGGGUUGAUAUGAAUGAAAUACCAUUUGAAGGUGAGCGUUUGCUUCAAAUUUGAGCUUUAGAUGUGGGUUAGAGAAGAAUUGAGAGCUGUAAAACAAUCUCUGAGAUUUUUGAAGAUCUGUGAAAUCGUUUUGCGUGCUUCAGAAAUUUGUUUUUUCGGACUAGGUCUGUGACUCCAUCUAGAUAUUUUUCACAACAAAAAUAAUGUGAAGAAUUGUCAGACAGAGCUGGAUUCUAAUUUUUCCACCGUUUUGAACGCAUGACUUGACUAGAACUCUGAUUUUUGAUAGAUCGAAAUGUGAAUUACUCCAAGAUAUGUGAUGACGUUUCUCCAAAUUAUGAAUUAUUCUGAAAAAUAAUUCUAACUAUAGAAAAUGUUUUCAGUGGUUGUGGAUAAUUUUGGAGCGCAUAAAGGCGAAGAAAGAGCAUCACUUCUUCAAAAUGCCGAUUCUUGGGAUGAUGCAGAUUGGGACAAAAAAGAAGAAGUAAAUGAUAAAAUUGAACAAUGGAGACAAACAAACCAGCCGGUUAGUUUCUUUCUCAUAUUCUCAUAUUUUAAAUUAGCAUAAUUUUGUUCAGAAAGCUGAUCAUUCUGCGCCCGCUGAGGAUGAUUUGUUUAGCACUUUGGAGCCAACAAUUACAUCAGCUCGAAAAGUUGUGUUGAAACCAAAAGGAUUCCAACAAUCAGCUCAACAACAAAAACGCAGUUUAUUCGAGUUCAAUGAAGAAUCAAUGGUGAGUAAAUAUUUUUAUUAA